UUCACGGUUCACUAAUCAAGUUUAGAGGUUAUGAUUAAGCAAAAAAAUUAAAAUUUAUUGAGAAUAUUCAUAUGAAUGAAAAUUAUGAAUAUCAAAACUAAUAAUAUAGAAAAAGAAUUACCUUCAAUUUGGGUAAGAGCAUGUACUGCAAAUUCUGUGUGGCCCGAUAAGGAGGAAUUACUAGAUGUAAUUUAUUGGGCCAGGCAAGUCAUAGGACUCUUGUUAGGACUUUUAUGGGGAUUGAUUCCGUUGAAUGGGUUCAUUGGCCUAUCAUUAUUUGUGUUAUUGAACGCAGGCAUCGUUUACUAUUAUUUUUCAAAUUUUCAAAACGUGGACGAAGAAGAAUACGGUGGAGCAUGGGAAAUAUGUAAAGAAGGCUUCAUGACUUCGUUUGCUGGAUUUUUGGUAACAUGGAUAAUAAUAUAUUCUGGACUGCAUAGUGAAGUUGACCAAAACCUGUGAAAUUAAAUACUGAUUUUGUGUACCCUGUAAGAGAAAACCUUUAUGUUCUUUAACAUGGUUUAUAGAUAAUUUACAAAUUGCUCAAAACAUCCGUAGUCUUCAUAAAGAAAUGUAUUAGUUCACAUUUUCAAUUGAUUAAAUAUUCAAUUCCAAAUCAAAAUGAUCUCUAAUACAAAAUUUGUAUUAAAAAUAGAAAAAGCAAAAAACUUAUACAUUGUUUAUUAUUGGUAUAUGCAUACAUUUAUUCUCGAUCUUUAAAAAUGAAUAUUUAAUAUAAACAAACUUAACUAUAA